AUGUCAACGACGGAAGAUUCUGAUGAAAAUAAUUCUAAACCGAGAUUCAAUAUUGGCAUGGAUAUGCGCCGUGUCAGUAAAUUUUAUGAUGGUCCAAAAGUUAGGCCACAGUAAGUAUGGCACCAGCAGUUAAGUCGAUUUCUAUAUUUUUUUUUAUAAAGGUGCUUUUUGAGCUUUUUCAACUCAGGUAAAUUCGCAUUCCUCUCUCUUUUCCUACAUGCGAGUGAGACAUGAGUAAAUUAGUGACUUUCCUUCAACAUCGGCGACACUGUAAGAUCUCGAGGGCAGCCGUCGAACCACUUAGAGAAGAAAGUUUUUAAAACGAAUUUGUUAAUUGAGACAAAUUAAAACAAAUUUACGAUUAUCUGUGUAAUGAACUACCACAUCGGAACUCUAAACUGUUCAUGAUGCUGUACAAUUUGAUUCUGUUUUGACUCGGGGAAUUCCUCGACGAGUCAUGCCUUACGCAUAGACAAUGUAGUAGGUUUAUCUACGUCACGAGUCGCGCAUACUUAAAUAGGCAAUGUGUGUGACAUUCACUACUCAGCCUUCUAUGAUUCCAAAUUGGUAAACAUAUUUUUAAUGCAUUUAUAGAUAUCUCAACAUUCUGACAGACUUUGUUGAUGCGGAGAUUUUCCUGAUUGAUGGCGACUCUUUGCUGUUGGAGCUUCUUUGCCAAAAGAGCCUGGACUGGACACAUGGCGGACAGUUUCUGCAUCUCACCUAUCUACUUGAACGCUUCCUCAAGCAUUUUACAGAUAAAGGUCAGUGCAGAAAACAAGUUUAGAAAAUCAUGAUGUAAGUCAGUGUGCCAAAGAACGAGAUGAGCUCAACUUGUCAAGCUACAGAAAUGAGAAAUGAUAACCAAGUUAUAGAUAGAGAGAUGUUAACGGUCCCUUAACAAGUAAGUAUAGGAUGAUGAGAGUGUUUCCAGUGACCGUGAAGGUGUGAACUGAAACGAUAGUACUUAGGUCGACGGGGGUUACCCAAAACCAGAGACUCAAUAAAUAGUGGUUGCUAAGAUGAGACGACAUUUCUUUGUCAUCUGUUUUACUUAUUUAGCAGGACCUAUUGGUUUCGCAGAUUGGUUGAUCAUUAACUCAGAGUAUGUGAUACCACCACCAUUUACCUGUAAAAUCGUUUUAGUUCUCACUAUUUUUCUGCUAGAUUUCCCUUCAAUCAUCUAACCACGUCAUUUCUUGUUGAACAAGGUGGUGUUUUCCACGUUGUCUUUUUCGAAGAAAUGGAGAUCAUCUGGAGGAGUCGACCAUCCAUGCUGUUGGCACGACAAGCUCUAAUUCUUCAUCUUCAGCACAACACACCUUUCACAAUUGAGACAUCAAUAGCAAGUGUUUGGGACAAGCAUUGGAAAGAGUACAUCGAUCGAAAUGUUCCCGCAUUUCUGUUAUUAACUGACGCGGAAGAUGUUCCAUGGAAAACGAAUGUAGAGACGAAAAUGCUAGAUGUGGCAGUGGAGUUUUUCUUCCGCUGUAUUCUGUUACAUUGUCUUGGACAAGGAUUGAAUUGUGUCUUUAUCUCAGGCGUCCAGAUGACCGCGACAAAAGUGAUGGGAUAUUACAACGAGUCCACGUCAGAACAUAAAUUAUUCCUUAGGAAGGUUAGACGGCGAGACUUUGUUAAGGAAAGUAAAACUAUAAAACACCAAUAUUAGCGCCAGUGUUCUCGGCGUGAAGCAACAUCCGGAAGCUUGAAAUGUCUAAUCAAUGCAGAAGCUGCACCAAAAUUAGUAUUUCUAGACACUGUUUAAUGUAAUAGCUAAAUUUUUUUACCUCAGGAUUCUAAGCUAUAUUUCAAAGUGAUACAUACCCAGUUCCAAGUUUCACUUCCAACAACUCAAGAGCUUUUAAAGCUUUAUAAAAAAUGACGGCCUCAUGAAAGAACAUGGGGAAUACAGAUACCGUUAGUGUCACUCUAGAUCUGGUGGGAUAAUGAUUGCAGGGAAUGAGAGAAUGGCUAUUUUAGAAAAUCCCUAGAUAAUUAAAAUAAAAAUUUGUGUUUUUAAGGACUACAAGAUUUGAAAGCAAAAAGUUGCAUAUCGUAAAAAGAUGUUGUCUUCAUUGAAAUAGCUCAUAUUUGCAUCAUUUCUUAUUCUUAGCAUGGUGAAACAGUCCGUAACACAUGGGAUUGGUUAAUGAGGUAUUGGCGCCGUCAAUGUACUCAAGAAAACAUCGCCGGAUGUGCAGCAACAAGCAAUCAGGUGUGUAGUGUGUUUAACCCUUUACACCCUAACAUCAGUAUGCAUAUUCUCCGUACUGUUCUCUACACAUUUCCCAUGGUUCUGACAAGAAGAAUUUGUUUAACAAUCAGGAGCUUCUUAAGUUAGUGAUGAUUUCCUUUAUUCUCCUACCUUAAUGUAUGAUUCAGUGGCGAUAUUGUUAGGAGAAAUUAGAUGCAAGUCACUUCUAGGUAUCAAAGGGUCUAAGAUAUAUUCAUUUGCCGCCUUACAUAUCCAAAUCUAAUUUAUCUUACUUUCUUUUCGUUGUUUGCCUUACAUCAGAUUGAUGUCCAGUCGGAAGUUCAAGUUGCUCUUCAAUCUCCACUGCAAGGUGGAUGCCGGGAGGUUGCCACAGUCCUUGCUUGUGUGCAAGUCCUCUUACAACUACUUCACGACGAUAAAAUUAGUAAGGUAAGUAACAUACGCUUGACAUGUGUUUUAAACUUCUAACGUAUUACAGGGGUUUGUGCACGAAUACAUCCACAAUCUCUGUUUAAUUUUGGCUACAUGCAGGAUGCGAUGAAGAUUGCUGAGGAUAAGGUCAAACUUUUCCUUCUUCAAUCUGCACUUCUAAAGAAACUUCCGUUGAAGUACAGAGCCCAUGCCGUAAACAGUUCUUUAUUGGACGAAUUCUGCAAAGCGAAAGAUGGCAAAGUUUAUCCCUUUCACGAAGUAAGUAAAUUAAAUUUUUUAACUUAACCUUACGUGGAAUUCACGUGAUGAUCCUUCCUGUACUUUGGAAACAGGUAUUGCGUUUUACAAUGGCUUGACCAUUAUGUAUUUAAUAAAAAAAAAUAACAGUCACAGAGAUCUGAUUAUGAAAUUCAAACAUUUCCAUUGCCCUAACACCCUCCCAUACAGAAAGAGUAGAAAGGGUAUAUUAGUCAUUAUUAGUCGGUUCUGAGAGCCUAAAUUUUUGUAAUAGUGUUUGAGAUGUAUUAGUUAAAGACAGCUUGUUUAUAUCGUCUGACAGAUCCACACAAGUUUAUGGCAGAUUUUAAGGAUGAUACAAUCAGCUUUGAGAGAUGCUUAUAAAGGAGACAGUGCCGCGAAUGUACUAGACAUGACUUCAGUGGCAGAUUUAAUGGACGGACGCCUAGUCCAUACUCUCUUCUGGCAUGUCUUGAAACAGAUGUCCCAGGGAUCAAAAGGUCUGUUGUCAGAUUGAGUCUAAAAAUUACUGACAAAUUCUUAAAACAGGCUGGUAGAAAUGAUGGAGGUCUCAUUAAUUUUUUCUUUUCUUGGCGUCACCUUUCAGCUAUGUAGCAAACUGUAUAACACUUCUAAUUUAGUAUUAUCAACCGAGUUCAUAACGUAAACUGGCAACUGUAAAGAGUUUCAAAGCUGAUAUUUCAAGCAUUGGCCCUUCGUCAGGGCGAUUGGAGGAAUUGUGGGUUGAGCGUGUAUUUAUAUGCGUCAUUCAAUCCUUCGUCACCAUAUUCCCACCAAUAGUACAUAUAAUCAGCUAAAUAUAAACUUCUAUGAAUACGAAAACAUACUGAUCUGUCGCCCUUGUCAUUAACCGUUCUUUCAAAGACUUCGACGCAACAAUAACCUUACGUACUUACACCACGUGUUUUGUCAUAUGCAUCAGACUUCAGUCUACCCCAGGAUGUUAAACGAGAUGUCGAGUUUGCAUGGGAGAAAGUUGUCGCUCUUGUGAAUGGAUCAAGUCAUUCAGAUUCUCUACAGAGUCAAUUUUUUCCAUUGUUUGACGGAAGUUCUACAAGCCUUCAUCAGGAGGAAGGUAAGUAACAUUCGAGUUAGUUUUUCCACGGUGGCUUUCUAUUCAUUAAAUACAAUCACUUGGAUGUGAAUGGUUCCUACACUGUUUCUUGUCCCUUUCUUGUCCAAAAGAAAGUUUUCAACUUCUCUCUUUCGGGAACAAAACAGUUUGCAAUUCAAAACGGAAAGGGAAACAAAGUGUGAAACUUGCAAGUUGCAAGUUUCAAUUAAUCUAGUUAGUUCAUUUUGUUAGAAAGGGAUAGUUUUAAAGGUACCGUCUGACUCUGACAGAAUCUUUCUCAAUGUCAUUGAUGGCCAUCUAGUAAAAUUAUCGGAGUUUGUUUCAGGAACAAGUUCCGAUCAAGUCUCCGGCGCGAAGCUCAAAAGGCUACUUUACGUUAGAAGUGCUCUUGUGAAUGAGUAUGUUGAUGAUGUUCGAUCAAGAAUUAACGCCAUGGCAGGGUAAGACCUUGCAACAAUGUUUAUGUCGUUCGAAGUACCCUGUAUGUUUCACGGAAUUGCGUGAGAAAGUACUCUCUUCUGAGAGGGCUGUUCAAUUUUCCCCUUUUAGAGAGGAGACUGAAGACGAAGUGUUACUGAUUGGCAAAGAAUUUGAUGAGAAGUACCACUGGCAUUCUCUCAGGCAACUAUCUGAUGAUUACGACAGAACAAAGAAGACUUUUACAGGUGAGACCCUUAAGGCCAAAUGUGGGAACCAGCACUGUAAAAGUUAUUCUAUACUGUACUAAAAACUUGUCGUUCCUGAUUGGUCGAUGAAGAAUGGAUAAAUAGAUUAUACGGUGCACUACGUGAUUUCCGCCUUGCACUCUUCCAAAAUUUCAGCUUUCAAAGAUGAACAAAAAAUUUUCAUUUCUCAACUAUUUCGAAAUAAAUUAGACUUGGUUUGGAAGUUGCAAUAGUUAUGUAAAAGCAUCAAUUCAAAAACUAACAAGCACGUGCUGAACAGUGCCCCCAAAGACGUACAAACUAAAAUAGCGUCUGGCUUUUCGUUGCUGUUGGUCAAUCAUGUUGCUUUGAUGGGUUUUCAAUUGCAUUCGCUGACAGUUCGUGAAAUUACGAUCGCUCACGCCUAUAAACCAAGAAAUGCAUUCGCGUUCAUACGAAUUCUUAUGUUAUACUUAAAAAACCAAGGUCACCGGAUUUAACAACAUGACAGUUUUACUUGUCGUUCAGAGCUUUAUAUUUUACUUGUUACAUCCAACUUAAGGAGUUUUUUUGGUGGAGAAAACCUUUCUAAAGUACCGUAAGCCAUGUGUUAUAAACCAUGAACUCAAAAUUUCACCAAUUCGUUAUUCAGAUAAGCCUCCGACUGAUCCCAAAGAAGCAAAGUGGUAUUCUAAACAAAAGAUGAAGUACUUUCGCUAUCAAAGAUUGUACGGAGACUCACUUGUUGGUGGUGUAGACAAAGCGAAACCUAUAAUCGUCAAGGAAGAGGUCCCAAAGAAGAAAAAAGGAAAGAACAAGGAUGGAAAGAUGGUGGGAAUCUUUGUUAUUGUCAAACUUGAACUUGUUUAAAUCUUUGCACCAAUAGCUUUUUAUGUGAUCAACCAGAUUCAACUCAGGAAAAAUGAUCUUUUGCAGGGAGAAAAAGCGAAACGAAUUAUCGAACAGAACGAUAAAAAACGCAAAGGUUUGUCCUUUACAUGAUAAAUGUUAACAUCACUUACCUCUCGCAAAAUAAAGGUUUCCAUUUAUGGAGGUAGAUCAUAAAAAUGUUCUGAGCACUUCUAAAGUACCGUAAUUGGGCAACAUCGUGAGAAUUUCACGGCAUGUAGUAUAUCAUGGUAUCCUUAACACGGUCUUAGAGCAUAAUAUGAAAGUUGACGUGGCUAACCAUGGGCCGGGGUUGAACAAUUUAUUGAGUUCUUCAAUCAUAUGUCAUUAGCAGUGGUACUUCUUUAGUACCCGGAUAAGGAAUCACUUACACAUGGUUUGUCGAGUACCGUAUUUCCUCGAAUAAGCGCCUAAGCACUUGUUAAAAAUUUCGGCUUGGAGAAGGAGCGCUUGUUAACAGGAGGGCGCUUAAUCGAGGGGAUGCAGCAAUAGAACAAAAAUUAAAGAAAACAUAACGCACAUUAAGAACUUUGAAGGCACAUAAAGAUAGAAAUAACUGGGACUGAAAAGAAAGUAUUGUCCUUAACCGUUUCCGCUGUAGUUGAAGCUUAAAAAAUUAUAUAAUAAAGUGACAGUAGAAAAGGUUUUUCUUGUAUCCCUACUAUUUAAGUAAGUGAGGAAGGAGAGGGGGGGGGGCACUUGUUUGAAACGAUGGCUCCCUAGUGUGAGUGCUUAUUUGGCUGAGGGCGCUUAUUGGAGAUGGAUACUUAUUCAAGGAAGUACCUUGCGGUAUUUGUCAAAUGUGAAAGGUUUAACUUAGUUAUUCAGGUUUCAAUGAGGCGAACCACUGAUGUUUAGCAUAAGUUGUAAUUAGAAAAAGCAGGGUAUAGAAGGCAAAAUUUUGGUAAAAGGUUCUACAUAAGGAGUUGUUCAUCUGCUUCAAAAUUACUGUUGGGACACUAUCGAAAACAUGUCCUUUUCUACUUAAAUUUUCCGCAGAUGAAGAGAGACUAAAAGAUCAAGAAAAAUGGGACCACUUUCUUAGAGACAUUGACAAAAACUUCAAGAUGGAUAACUUCAGCACUGUUUUGCAGUUAGUCGAUAAGUAUCUCGCAGAUUGCAAAACUCCCGAACUUCAUCUUCAAGCGCUGAUGAAAAAGGCACAAAGUUGCUUUGUAGCUUGGCAGCAGAAAAGUAAGUGAAAAAGAGAAAAGUGAAUCGCUUUUAUUAUCUGUUGAUGUUUCUCCCUAGACUUUGUCGCCUAGAUAAAGUACAGUAAGCGUCCAUGCUUCGGGAAUUUUGAUUUCGUCAUCUCUUUUGAUGUUAUUAGGAUGAAGUUUUUAGUGGAUGGGUUAUUUGACACUACGUGUGUACCAGUAAGAGUCAUGACCAAUAAAGUUAAUAUGAUCCCAAACAGGAACGUGUCCUGUUUCAUUGGCGUGUUCUGAAACCGCCGAAUUCUGAGUACAAGCAGGAUGUAUUUCUUAUUCGUGUUUUUUAAUUCUCUGUUUCAUCGCCCUCCCAUUUUGCCCAAUGUGUAUAUCGCGAUUACUUUCAUUUUUCAAGUAUGGGAUUGUAACAAAAUUAUCCAAACCAAACUGCCGCCAUUUGUAUUUUGUAGGAGCUGCUAACGCUGAAUCUAAUGACAUGAAAUAUCCUGUGCUGCUGCUAAAGAGUGUCCAGAAAAUGGCUGAAGACUUCCACGGCCUUCUCACUGACAAAGACAAAAAGAAACUGGCUGGAUUUAUGCGGAAGCUGGGAUUCGAUGACAUCGCAGCCACGCUUUACGACCUACCUGAAGAAAGUGAAAGAAAAGUACGUAUUGUCAGAUCAAACGAGCUUGGCUUUAAGCUGUUUCCUUCCCAGUAUCUAAUAACCAGGUGGUAAAUAGUUUGCUCAGUGCUACAACACCCUCAUAUACACAAACAUAUUUCAAUAUGAUUUCCUCUUCUGUUGCACAUUUUUACUUGUCAGCGAGUAACAUCUCAUUUGUACCCAAUUUAUCACCUAAGGCUAAACAGCUAUCGGUCCACACCACAAGUGCAAGAUUCCAACUUGACUGCAUGGGUCAUUUACUCAAGCGGGAAACAAGAACUGAUCGUGACUCGAGGGUUGAUCACUUCAUUCCAGAUACAUGGCAGGUAUUAUAACAUUUUUUUUCAUAAUGAAAAAUGUCUUUUUUUCGUCUUGUCACGAGCGUGGAACAAAGAGAAAAGUCUGAGUCCCCAUAAGGAAUCGAACCUCAAAUCUUCGGAUUCCGCGCUUCGAUACUAUAACCACUGAGCCACAGAGACUCCACGGUGAGCGAGGUCUAUUACGUAGUUCAUAUGACACGCGUCCUGCAUACUGCUAGGAUCAGCAAUGUCGAUAGCGUAAUGUUUGUAGGUAUAAAUAAGAGAGAUGGUAAGUUUUGAGCUCGGUAGAGAAAUAGAGAAAGGUGUUUUUUUUUGUCUUGUCACAGCGUGGGACAAAGAGAAAAUUCUGAGUCCCCAUGAGGAAUCGAACCUCAUACUUUCGGAUUCCGCGCUCCGAUGCAUAUAAAUACGACUUAACAUCUCUCGUGAAAAACAGUUGAGGAGAAGAGGAGGUGGUUAAGUUCAGUGAAGAAAAGCAGUUCAAAUACUUAAAUACUUGAAUUUCAGUGGCGGCAUAUUCUCGAAAAAGGACCAACAAAAUCUGCCUCGUGUGAAUUUUGCUUCCAUCUCGUCGCAGUUUUCUCUUCAUUUUUUUUUUAUUUUGUGGUUAUUCAAAUAUUUUUUAGCGUGAACUUCUCGACGCUGUGGAUAAGAACGAGUCAGCGGUAAUAGUGGCACCCACCUCGUCGGGAAAGACUUUUGCCUCAUACUACUGCAUGGAGAAAGUGCUGACUCAAGACAAUGAUGGUGUGGUGGUCUAUGUUUCUCCAACAAAGGUAAAGCUACCAGUUACAGCCAUUUAGUUUACCAAGUUCUUUUGAAUUGAUCCCUAGGAAAGGUUGUCAAUAAUUUUCAAGAAUCCGGCGACAGAAGCAAAAAUUCAACUUUUUUUUCAUUUGCUCCAAAAGACCCUUUUGGUAAACUAUUUUCAAAAAUAAUAUUCAAAAGUUCCACCGAGUUUUUAUUUUGGAAAAAAAUACGAAAGUUCGAGAUCGGCCAAACGUACCUAAUUUGCAUAAUUUCUAUCGGGCUUUCAGUGCAUUUUCACAACGCUCGUACAAGACAAAGAAAGAUUAUCUCGGAUUAUUUUUUCAUGAGUUGUUUUUCAUCCCUUGGAGUAGCUUUGUAACUAUAUUUCAUCUCCAACUGAACUUUCUUUCGUCCACCCGCGUAAAGUACACUAUAUUUUCUAUUCCGUUUGUGCGCUGAAUUUUGCCAUAUUUCAGACGACCAUAACAUCGGGGAUAUACAAAUGUACAUGAUAUAAAAUAGCUCUUUUCAACGAGCAAUUCUUUAUGUUUAUCAUGUAAAGACAUUAUCUUUGGCCCGUGAAAAGCGAGCGCGCCAGACCAAAUUAUAUAGCGUGCUUUUUCAAGAUUCGGCCAUUUUCUUGCUGUACUCCUACUGCAAAUCUCACGCUAUUAGGACAAAACUCUACGUGUUUGGUCUCUUCUUCUGUUUGAUUUGUUUAAAUAUAUCAAUUUUAACUUAAAAAUUACCCUACCUUUAUUGUUAAGUGAACAAACCUUCGAUUUAGGUAAAGUUUUUGAGUUUAUUUUUCUCGAGUGCUAAAUAAACAAAUCGCAGUUACAAAGAUACCAGCUCUGUCGACGUGAUUUUAGCUGAAAUUGGUCUGUCGCUUAUAUUGUUCUUUAAUUUACAACCUAUCCCACUGGCAUAACGUUUGAGUAAAUUACAUGUAACUAUAAAUCUUGUUGUAAAUACGUGAGCGUGAGCUAAAUAAAAUCUUCGCACACAUAAAAUAUUCGAAACAUGUAGUUGUCGCAAGAAAAUAUCGCAUGUGCAUGAACCUCGUGUAUACAUUCGGUGUUUGGCUCAGUUGCUUUUAACAGAUUUCUACCACUGUCACUGUAAUUAAAAUAGCAUGUUUGUGUAGUCCACCUGUUUAGAUACAUUUUCAAAUCAACUCUAGGUUAGAAUUCUGCUCGUAAAAAUUUUCGAAGAAAUCUGAGAAGUAAUGCAACAUAUUCUUUCUCUGACACUCUGAUUUAUGGAUUACCGUAGUACACCACUUUCUAACCCUGCUGAGAAAUUAUUCUCAUACAACAUAUAGAGAAAUGCACUCACGUAUGUAUAGUCUAUGUUUUUGAAGUAGAUUAUACCUGCAGACCUCAGAUUCCCCAGCUAAAGGUAUCCUGAAUUAGUUUCUACAACGCAAAUACAGUCAGCAUGCUUAUUGCGUGACAAAUGAAAUUUGAUGCACCAGCCAAAAACACAAGGAAUAUGUUGCAUUAUUUCCAGUAGUUAGAUAGCGGCGUAAUAUGCGACUAACACAGUCUAUAGACUGUACGAUUUUACGCCACUAUUUGCGGCGGUGUAUAUACUGUAAGAUUUUAAGCCGUUAGCUAACGGCGUAAAAUCUUACAGUAUAUAAUAUAUCGACUGGAAGAAAUUACGCCGUUAGUUACUGGCGUUAAAUCUUGCACAUAAAGAAAACUGACUGGAAGAAAUUACGCCGUUAGUUACUGGCGUAAAAUCUUGCGUAUAAAAGCAACCGAAAGGAAAAAAUUACGCCGUUAGUUACUGGCGUAAAAUCUUACAGUAUAUAUAUCACCGACGUACGUACGUAUGAAGUUUUAAGCCGUAGUAAAAGCGUGAAUCGUUAUCCCUUGUCAGCUUUUGUGCGGUCAAUUUACCAGAUCAAAUCUUUUGGUCGCCCCAAAUUAUUUGUUCUACAUUAGUGGAGGGGGGUGAUUACCGUUAAUGGCAUCUCGUCUAAAACUUGUUAAAGGGCGCGACGUCUGUAUGAAUGGUGGUAUGGUGACAAAUGUCCAUUACUUAUCUUAAAGCUAUUCUGGCUUUUGGAUUGUGUAGGUAUUGAUAACUGAUACAUUGAUCAUUUAGGCCUUAGUAAAUCAAGUUGCAGCAACAGUAUACGCUCGCUUUCGUCGUAAACAGCUUCCAGAGGGAAGGGCAGUGUAUGGUGUUUUCACGAGGGAUUAUCGAUUAAACACGUUGAACUCUCAGGUAAGCAGACGUGACAAGCAGCCCUCAAGAUAAGAAGGAAUCUCAUAAGUCAUUUCUAAGCAAACAAAAUACACACGGACGACGAAAAACAACAUUUAUGAUAAGUGAUCUUAACGGAAUAUAAUUGACAUAAAUUCUAUCAUGGAAUUAUCCUCUGAUUGAUAACUCGUUCAGUUAAUUGAUAUUCCUUUUGAAAUUUUUCACUAUUUGGCGCGUGGAUUUGAGUAUAAAUUGGAUAUAUAGAGUAACUUAUUUGAGUUCUGACUUUUGAUUCCCGGCAGAUCCUUGUUACAGUUCCUCAAUGUUUGGAGAUACUUUUUCUCUCGCCUCGUAGACAGGAUUGGACAAAGAAUGUUAGAUACGUAAUCUUCGAUGAGGUAAAACAACUGAGAACUUUUCUGAAAGUAAUUUUCGCAUAAUUACUUUUAAUUUUUCUCAGUGAAGUUGCGCUUGGAAAAGACAGAAUCAAAGGCAAGAAGUUACUACGAUAUUGACUUUGUGCAGUGUUACCUCCUUGAAUAAUGUAGUUAUAUCGCUUAUACUUAAGUUAUUUAACUGAGUUCCUAGUAGUAGCAUUAUACGUUGGAAUAUGCAGUAGCAUUACACGUUGGAAUAUGGAUGGUUGAAAGGUCAAUUCUGCCUAAAGAUAGAUACAAGGGAGAAACAGUAAGAGUUGCUCUGAAGUCGUAAAACGUUUUUUCUGGGAAUCGAAGUAACAAAUCUUACCAUUCAGGCUGAAGCCAAAGCCAAUGAACAAGUUUACUACUUCACCUGCGCACUCACGUAGGCUAUACUUUGGCCGAAAUUUCUCCCAUACCUUAACUCUCCAGGUUCACUGUCUUGGAGAAGAGAUUGGAGCUGAAGUGUGGGAGCAUCUUCUUCUUCUCAUUCGCUGUCCCUUUCUGGCGCUCUCAGCAACCAUUGGAAAUCCAGAUGACCUUACAAGGUUAGAAUUGUUGCAAAGUGUACAAAAUAAAAUGUGAUAUAUUGAAUCUUACGAAAUUUUCUGUUACGCCGAUGUUAAAACGAUGUUAACGUAUACAAGUUAGUCAUGCAUUUUCAAAUAAAAUCAUGAGGAGAAUCAUACGUCUUUUGUUUUGUAGGUGGUUGCAAGCCGCUCAAAACUUUCGGGAGCAGCAAGACAAACAAGAAAAUGGCCAGUUGAGAAAGUCCUACAGAAUCAGACUAGGUGAAGCGAAGAAAUAAAUCUGUUACCACAAAGAGUCAUAGAGGGGUCUUUCGAUGGUCUUCGAAUCUGUAAUGCUUGAGUUUAUGCACUAGGGUUGACUCAACGCAAAUCGAAAGUCAAUUUAAACCUUAUCUAGAUAAUUAGGUUUGCGAAACGACCUAUGAGACGUAGCAAACUGACCUGAGACGUUGGCAAAACGACUAAGACGUUAGCAAACUGGUCGUUAGCAAAACGACCGCAGUUGUUAAAACAUAUUUCUAUUGUAGAGAGAAAUUCUUUUUUGGUUAUUCCUGAGAGUGAGAGGGUCAACGAAGGGUCAUCCCCAUGCCACAGUUGUCUGUUAACAUAUUUCUGGUGUAUUUUUUUAGUUAACUUUCAUGAAAGAUACUCAGAUCUGGAAAAGAGCGUAUAUCUUCCAAGUCCUAGCAACGGUGGAUUCUCUGAAGAGUCCAAGAAUUACGAGGGUACUUACGAUGUCAAGGCGACAGGAGAGUUUGUGAGACUUCAUCCUUGUGCUCAGCUCGGAGUAAAACAGGUGAACAGUCAAUAAUAGAACUGCCCAUAGUUCAGCUCUAAGAGAAUAUCCGUAAGUUUUACUAAUAUACUAAAGAGAUCUACGAAUUCGCAAAAAAACGUAAGGAUUCUUGUGAUAUUGAUUUUUAUCAUAUAAACUACGGUGUUACACAAGGAUUUCCAACCCUGAGAAAAGCCGUAACGACACACGUGAAAUAAUAUCGUAUUUUUCACGUGUGUUUGAUAUCGCCAAUCAGCUGCUGACACGUCACUCGCCUUUCGCGCUACUCGGUCAGGUUGAUGAAUGAAGGGUGAAGCCUUCACCAUUCUUAAUCCAAGGUCGUCAGUCGGAAUUUUUUCGGAUCAUGGCUGCUAAAACACCAACAGAUCCGUAACGCUUACAGACAGUGACAUUUAAACUUUCCUAAUAAGGGAAGAAAACCCAAAAAAGGAAAAAAACCGAAGGUUACGUAUUUAGUGGCUAAGGAAAUUAUAUUUCUCGGGGCUGAGAAAGAAAAUCGACAACUAGAAGACUUGCCACAGGCUGAUUUUGGCCGUGUGCCUGAAAGAUUUCUUCUGUCGGUAAGGACCGAGCCAGUAACUGAGAAUUUUUCUAUUGAAAAUUACGCCCAUUAUUUGUAUUAGUAGCGUUUCGACGCAUUUUUCACCUUGAGCCCUAGCGCCAACGUACGUUUAGUUUGCUUAUUUUGCUCUUCUUUGGUCUGUGAUUGGUCUAGAUAAGAUAACACACACCAACUUCAAAACAAAUCAUAUGUAGUACGAAAACCAAUCGAGAUUUGAUCGCUCUCGUUUUCCCGCGCCUUAGUUUUCGUUUUUUCUUCGAAUUUUCAUCGGCUGGUGAUGACGUUAAUUUUGGCCAAAUUGGCCAAAGUGAUAACCUUGAUUUAGGUUUUCGACCCUCAAUUGAAACCGUCCCAUGAUUUCGACCGUCGUUAAAGAAGCUUCCAGUAACAAAUUGUUGUUUUCAAAUAGCUACAAGAGAAUUCCUUCCCAGGAGAUAUGGAUUUCACCCCUCAAGAAUCUCUACAACUUUUUGACGUUAUGACUAUGCACUGGCCAGACAAAGAAUCCUUGCAGGUAAGUACGAAGCUUUUAAUUAAGGCUUCGAUCUUACACAUUACAGUUGCAUGCCUGUCAGCUGUAGAUAUUGGUCGUAAGAAAGGUUAGGUCGUAUCGUACUAGGCUAUUCUUAUCCUUGCAAAGCUGAAGUAAGACUAGAUUCCACAAAGUCUCAAAUAAUGGUGUUUCCAUACUGACAGUCCAGAGAAUACCGCGACUUGGUAACUGAAUCUUGUUAUUUUGUGCUUUCUUUAAAGAAACUUUCCCCCGAGAGGUACUUUGAGAAAAAUAAGUUCAUUGGCAAGAGCUUCGCACGACAGUACGAGAAGGACCUGAAGAGGGAAUUCAAGUCUUGGGCCGAUGAAAAACAUAUUGAGAAGGUAAAGGGAAUCUUGCCAAAGGAUUUGAUGCGAAGAGUUUGUGAUGUGUUAGCGUUGUUUGCCAUUGCAUUGAUAAAUAAACAAAUUUUAUGACGCCGAUAAAAGCCGUACAAACCCUAGCCUUUGGAAUCCAUGCUUUCUAUUUAUUUAUUACUCCUCGUUAUUAUUUAAACGAUAAUUUAAAGGAUUCGUGUCUCUGAUAACAACAAGAUUGUUUCACCUGAAGUCAGCGGCACGCAAAUCUGUUGCGUUCUCUACAUUAUUUCUUCGUUGUCUUAGUGGUAAAUUGUGCGGGAGCCCUACUGGGGCAUUAGUCCAUGAAUGGUACGAUGUUUAGAUGAAAUACCAUUGUAAAGGGGUAAGCUGGUACUUUUUACAGGUCUUCAUACCAUUUGUAUCUUUACGUUCUAUUCUUGGGCUCGCAAAGUAACUGAUUUACUACCUAAAGUAUAAUUUCUGCUGUUAUUAUAAUUAUUAUUAAGUUAUUUUUUUUGUUGCUCCAGGUUCAAGCCGUAAUACAGUCGCUGAAUUCUGUUUUGCUGGAGAAACAGGCCUCGACUGAAAAGGAAUGGACUCAGCUAGGAAUGCCUUCGUCGGGAAAAGUUUUCAUUGAGAAAAAUUUCCCAAAGCUUGUGGAACAGCUUAAGGCUCAAGAAAAACUGCCCGCUCUUGUUUUCAGGUAAUAUAGAUACUGUUUCAUCCAGGGAAAGGGAUUGUCGUUCAGUGACAUACGUAACAAGGGAUUAAGCUUUAACUUUAAUUCGGUUUUUAUGUGUCAGCCACACUGAGAAAAAAAAAAAAAAAAAAAAAAGAGAACUAGAAAGAAAGAAAAUAGCCGGCAAAAGGGAAAUGAAGAUCAGAAUGCCAGUUGGGACGAUCCACAUAACUUGGACUCAUUUUCCGAAAAUAAUAAUGCGAACUUUCAAAACAAAUCACAUUGAGAUGAUGAAAAUUCACGAUAUGUGGGAGGUAUAUGAACAAAAAAUAACUGAGUAAAUACCGAAAAAGCUAUCUCGCUCAGCGGGCGUUAUUAAUGAUAUCACCCUGUCUUUAUUAGCUUUGACCGUAAGUUUUGCGAAGUGUUGGCAUUUGGUCUUGCUCAGCACUUUCGAAAUAAAGAGGAGAUUAUUAAAGGCCAGAAUGACGGGAAAGACUUGAAGCUUGCCCUAAAGAGGGUACAAAAGGCGAACAAGGAAUCUAAAAGGCUGAGAGAUGGAGAAGCAGAGAGUACAAAAGGAGAGAGGUAAACGGAAGAAAUUUAAAUAGUGACUGCUGUAUCUCGUCGAGUGUCAUUUAGAUUCCAUUCAAUAUGUAUGCGACCGAAUCCGUCAUGCUAUGAUGACAAAUGAUAUAAAACUUGAGGGCUUGUUCUCUUAACAGGUUGGACGAGCAAGGAAGUCAACAGUAUGAGAAAGACUUUUCAUUCUUAACUGAUCCUUUACCAGGCUGCACAUUAGCCUCUGUACACGAAAUUGGAGUCAAGGUAGGGAGCAUCCGAUAACUAUUUAAUAAUAUUUUAACAAUUAUUCACCGAAGGCGCGGUGAAUGAUUGUGAAAAAUACUUGAGACGAGGUCGAGGGGAUCAUUCCGUAAUAUUUAAUGAACCUGAGGUGAAUAAUUGUUGUAGUAUAAUUGUCCAGGUGCUUUCAAAUUCAGUUGUAAAUUUGUUUUGUUGUUGAAAGCAUUUGGUGAAUAAAGAAAGCAUUUUGCAUACUUGGUAUCAGUUGUUCUGAUUACUUGUUUGGAGAUAAGCAAGCAGCUUUCACUAAAGUUUAAUGGGUUCUAAUUAAUUCAAUUAACCAAAAAUUCAUAUCUUAUCUUUGAAAAGAGUUACACCAAAUCUAGUAGCAUCUCUUGUGCUCUUUAAAAUUAUAGUCUCUUCUAUCGCGAUUAUCACUUCCUACGUAACAUUGACAAAACGCGAGGUAGCCAUUUGGAAUAUUAAGGACCCCUGCUACAAUCACUUCGCGCGAGGUGAUUAAAGCGAGAUAUGACGUGAUCAUUGACCAAUCAGAGCGCGCGCAUCACUAUAGUCACCUGAGCAAAGGAAAAAGAUAGACUACAUUAAAAAGAAUGAUCAGACUACAAACUAUGCGACAAAAAAACCCGGGUACAGACCUAACUGAUAAAUAUUGCCUUAACUGAGGUUGGUCAUUUACUCUGUAGGAUCUCCAGGAGAUCAUGGAUCGCCUUUGGUCUAUGCCUAGCAACUCAAAAUUUAAGGACGCUGUAAGACGUGGAAUCAGUUACCAUCAUGCUGGACUGAAAAAUGCAUUUCGCGGCCCGGUGGAGAUGUUAUUUAGAAAGAAGUAUCUUCAGGUAUUAUUUUAAUGACUGCUCAUUUCUAGAAAAGUAGGUGGACGUGUAAAUAAUGAUGUGGAGUAAUUUUUUUUUUCUAACCUCAUCGUAAAUAGCAUUGAGGCAUACCUUUUUCUUAAAAUGAUUGUUUCAAAUUACUUGCAGAACAAUAUGAUUUAAAAUAUGACUUAAAAAGAUGUGUGACUCUUGCCUAAGCCAGAAUGAAGUCUUUUGACAUUUUGGUCAGUUUCUGUUUUCCCCUUUACUUUACCCUCCUAUUGUUUUUUUUUCUUUUUACCUACAGCUAAUCUGUGUACCUCACCAGUUGAGAACGUUUCGAUACAAAAAUAUAGUAACGGAAUAGUAUAUAAAAACUCUGAGUUUUCUUUUUUGGUUGUUCUUUUUAGGUCGUUGCAGCAACAGGAACCUUAGCCCUUGGUAUUCAUAUGCCUUGUAAAACGGUCGUAUUUGCUGGAGAUUCGCCCUAUUUAAACUCUCUGCAAUACAGACAGGUGAGAGCACUUUUAAAACAAAGUUUGUAUUCCUACAGAAAAACAAAUCAUUCCCACAGACAAGCGAACCCACUGAAACAGCAGGUGUCUGUAAUAUUAUGGAAUGCAAACGAAUGAAGCAGGCAAGGGCGGCAACGUGUUUCCAACAAAAUAGUAAUAGUAAAGACCAUUUUGCAUGUAGCUCUCUUUGUCUGUAAUAAAUAACAUAUGAAAGAAUGAUCUGAGUGAGUACAGAGUAUUUUCUAGUAUCUCUCUUGCCUGAAAGUAGAUAUAACCGUGUCAAGGGAUCUUUAUCCCUUCAGUACUCUUAUUAGACUUCUAUAUUCAUUGAACCAUUUCAAUGAUAAUGACUACGUCGCUGUUCUACCAGAUUCUGUUUUUUUUUUCCCCAUAUGUUUCUCUUUAGGCAGAAAGAGAUGGUUUUUAUCUACAACGAAUUUAAAUUUGGACUUAAUCUCACUUUCUGAUCUCUCACAUUUCAGAUGUCUGGCAGGGCAGGUCGCCGAGGUUUUGACCCUGUAGGAAAUGUAGUGUUUUUUGGAGUUCCUUAUCGCAAAGUUCAACGUCUCAUCACAGCCAAUGUUCCAAAGAUUGUUGGGAACUUCCCCAUUAACGUAUCAUUGGUGUUGCGCUUGCUUCUGAUAACAUCAAAAGGAAAAGAUCAAAAGGAUGCUCUCACGAAGGUUUGUAGGAAAAACACCACCAUAAUUCUUCUCGAAUAAUUCGCCUAUUCCUUUUGCGCUAAAUACUUUGUACGAUUGUGGCCACUUUCUAUCAGCUCUCUUCCCACCGAAGGCGAUAUGAAUUGUGUCGCAGGAUAACAGUUACAGCUUGUUUGGAGUCUUUCUUUCAUAUAAGUACUUUCCUUCUUCGUCCUCAGCUACUAAAAAGACGAGGAAAUUUACCUCUAGAACUUAUAAAAACCUACCGGAGAGAUUUUACGAGAUUUUCGUGAAAUUUACUUAGUUACACAGUGAUGUGCGAAAUUCCAAUAAAUCGAUUCUCAAUCAGUUCAUGAACACUCCAAGUUAUGCACGUACUCUCAUUUUCAGGCUCUCUCACUGCUGUCGCACCCUUUUAUCUCCAUUACUCACCCCGAAAUGGAGAGCCAGAUCAAGAAACAUUUCUUAUUCAGCGUCGAGCUUCUUACCAGAUUGGUGAGUAUCAAAAUCAGAUCCUUCCUACCGCAGAAAUGAGAGGCAAGGUAGAAAUGUUUUGCUAGUAUCAGUUAUCUUUAUUUUCCUUGGUUACCAGUUUGUCUAUUGGCUUCAAGUUAGGUCAUCACAUACUCGCUCUUGCAAUUCAACAGUCUUACUAUAAACUUUUAAGCUCGUUCAAAUGCUUCAAAUCUCUUAUUUGCAGGGUCUUGUGAAACAAAAAGACGGCGCUCCUGAACAUAUGGCAGAACUGGCAGCACAUCUUCACUAUCAUGAGCCCUCAAACUAUGUGUUGGUCAGUUUUCUUCAACGCGGUCUCUUCCACAAGAUUUGUGAGCGAGGAAAGAAUGGUAAGAACUAUUUAUCUUCCUUUUAUACAAAAUAUUCACAGCCUCCAACCAAAGGUUAUGGAAGAUUAGAAUCCUUAUGAUAUCAUACUAUUGAUUGCUAUCACAGGAGAAUUCUCAGACGACGUGUUGAGAAAGAUGGUUCUCGUUCUAAGCCACUUGUUCGGCAGACGAUCCCUUCACGCCUCAUACAAACGAACGGUCCAUUUGUGCCCGACGUCGAAAGUAUGUUUUUGUAAAUCUUAAAAAAUGCAAGGCUGUUUCAUCACGCUUUGUUGAGCAAAACUGUGUUAGUUUUUUUCAUUUGUUAUUAAUGAUAACGUCUCAUAAUGACGAGUUUGGUCAAUAUUGUCACUCAAUCUUGACGCCCGCCUUAAUGCUCACCCAAAAUAUUUUUAAUCAUACCUUUCUUUAGUGCAGAUAAAUUUGGUUUUAGAUGCAUGGCCUGUAUCGGGAGAGAGACAGUUCUUUCUUAAGUAGCACAUACGUAUUGCAAAAGAAAAGUACUUAGAAAAAUCAAAGCUUGUCAGUAUGUCCAGAAGACGCCCCCUCGUCUAUCAGGCACCGGUUUUUCGAUGGGUGGAUAACGCUAUCCGCUGGAUAAAUCUCUAUCCGGCGGAUAGCGCUGUAAAUAGAAAGCGAUUUAUCGGUCGAAUAGAGUUAUCCAUCAUUUGAAAAACUGGGCUCAGUUUUUUAUUGACUGGUCGUUGUAGAGAAGUUACUUGGCAUUUAUCGCGCACUUUCGUGACCGAAGUCGUCUCGGAGUGGCUUAAUUAACUAGUAAGAGUAAGUGUCUGAACCGUCCGUCAAGACAAAUUGAAUACCGUACGUGUAUGCUUUUUCUCGUUAUCACAGCAUAAUUCAAGGGAAUUAGCUGCAUCUCAGUUGCGCCCGUUUCGUUACUUGACUAUCAUCAGCUUUCCUAUGCUUUUCAAAAUAGAGACUUCUCACUGCUUGUUUUUCGGUUUUUGUUUUUCUUCUAUCUAUCUCUUCCAUUUCAAGGUAAUUUUGGAGGAUCUUCCAGAUGAAUUUGCUUCAGCUCUAAGAGAGUACAACCGCCAAGUCACAGAUGUCUUCAGUCAGUACCUCACUACGGUGGCUGCAGACCUCGAAAAGGAAAGAGGAGAGGAGAACAAACUCCCUUUAUCGGGCAUAGGUAAAAUACGAUUCCUUAUUAUUUUAUAUUUGACAUUUUCUUUUUUUUUUCACCAAUGGUCGUCGUACCAUGAGUUAUUGGUUAUUUUGGCGGGAAGUAAAAUUUUUAAGUUGAGCCAUGGCCAGUUCCAUGGCAUCGCAAGGCUCUGGUUUGCUUGUAUCUCAUGACUUUGAUAAGAAUAAUACCUGAAAUUUCUGUCAAUGUUUGUCUGUUUGUUUGUUUGUUUUUUUGCAAGUGACACUGACGAGUCAAAUCUGUUCAACGAAAAAAAGGAAAGCUUGGUGCUAUUUUGGCAAUUCUAUUUCCAGAUAAUUCUUGGCAAAUUUCUCAUUCUGGGCUAAAAAGGCCCCUCCGCUUGGUUUACGUACUCCAGUCCACAUUCCCAUACGAAGUAUAUCGUACAUUAGCCAAUUGCUGUCCACUGUACCUACGUUAAUGGUUCAAAAGAGAGAGACAAACUCGCGAGCAAGGCUAAGCUAAACACAAAACGUAGGUAAAUUCAAUUUUGAAUUUAAAACGUUCAUAUUUACCAAAAAUCGUAAACUCCUCUUGCAGAAUUUCCAAAGCAAGCAAGUGUUGGUGACAAUGACAAGUACGAUAUUAUCGAAAGGCUCGUGUCCUCAUCCAUACCGUACUCCGCCUGCUCUUCCUUCGCUGCAUUGUCUGGAAAUUCAGACUUACAGUUGCAUUCUUCGAGGAAGACCGCUGCUAGUUAUCCGGAAUCAGACGAAAGAGAUGUCGACGUCGCCAACGAGAACGCGACAGUUGAGCUUGAUGAAGAAGAUAAGGAAGAAGAACCAAUUGACCAUCUCCUGGAGGUGAGGAAAGUUUCUCAAUACCCCACGUCCAUUAAAAUUUUGAAAAAUUUCUGUGACUUUCGACGUAAUUUCGCUGGGUUGCAUGCACUUUGUUCUUUCGUCAAUUUAAUUAGUUUACCUUUAAAAGCCUGUGGAAAGUGCCUGCAUUUCAUUUCGUGGAAGUUCUCUUAAACAACCUCAUCGAUCAAACACUGGUUAAAUUUAUUUACUGACACUUUUGAUUCUGAGAAAGUUGCAUGCUUAAUAUGAGUUUAUGAGUUUUUUUACCCGACAGUUAUUUCACCUUUGGAACUAUAUCCGUUAGAAAACAAUCUCUCCAUUCUUUUUUUGUAAUUUAUAUGUUUCCACUUGCCCUUUUUACUCUUGACUUUAUAAUUACGUGAAGUAUUGUCGAAACGUCAUCAAAAUACUUUACGAACAGUUUUUAUAACUUUUUAAAAGUUUUUUGUGUAUUUUAACAACGGUUUAGCGUUUUGCAGUCAUAUUUUAUUUCGUUCUGUGGCAGUUUAAGUAGUUAUAACACCAAUUUAACACCGUUGCCAUAUUCGGCGUCCAUUUUUUUCUUUCAGAUUGUUCGGCAAGAUGUUUACACCGACAUCAAUGUUGUUCCCAUCCUCCGUCUGAAAGAAUACAACUCAGUUGGAAGUGUUCUACCCUUGAAUGCUUAUGCUCUGGAUUUUUUCAAACACGGGUCUGCCAAAGUCAUUGAGAAAGAAAACGGGUCAGUAAAUAAAUCACAGAUGUAUUUGUUAAAGUGCACCAGUGAAAGAAGCGAGGAUGCAUCUUGAUCACUGGAUCGAGGAGAGGUCGGUUUUUAGAGCUAAACACUUUCAUCACAGUGCCACUCUUCACCUACGAGUACAAAGUGUUUGAGAAAUCCACUGAAAUGCUUAGACAACCCACAGUGGACUAAAAUCCCAUUCUAAGAGGAACACGCCUUUACCUUGGGACGCCUCAUGCUUUGAAGCACCCUGCGACAGUUAUAACUCACCUGCCUUUGAAUUUUUACUGACUAAUCAAGUCUUCCUUUACUCGUAAGCCUCUGCUUGUCGAUUGAUGAACAUUAGGGGAAAAAGUGCAUCGUAAACUAACUAUAAAGCUAAUCCCCCAUGGCUAGAGAGACACUAUGUACCGUACUAGUUAACAUUUGGUGCACUUAGCUAAAAGAUUGGAGGAAACUUGCUAUAUGCUUGCAUAUCUUUUAGUGGGUCACAUGCCACUACUGUUCAUACGGAUCUUUAGGAGUUGUCUUCAGGUAUGACUAACCGUCGAAUGCUCGUUUAUUUCGCAGAAUCAAGGCUGGAGAAGUUUUUCACGUAUUAAAGGAUUUUUUCCUAACCAUCAAGUCAAUCAGGUAAAUAAUGGUUGUACGUGAUGCAGUGUCGACGUUUCAAUGUUCUAAGACUAGUGAACAUCCAGUUUCAUUUCACGAAACUUUACGAGAUAUUUGUAAAGGGCGAGUGUUAAAGUUAACGUUGUACAUGAGAAGGAAAGAAAACAAUGGGUUAAGUGUUGUUGUUGUUGUAGUUUUUGUCCAUAGUUCCAACCGUUGUGGUCGAAAGCUAUGACACGUUUACGGACACUUAACUUUACUGUUUCGUUCAGCUGCAACCACUAAGAAAUUAAACGAUAAAUUCCAAAAGUCGCAUGGCAGGAGGUCUUGGCUGAGUAAGUUUAGGCCAGGAAGAAUAGGGGUAUUUAUUAGGAAAAUAAUUUUGAACUUUUUCUUUUUUCUCAGUAUUUCUCUUGAAGAGCUGGGUUCUGAAAGGGAUAAUGUGGUUUCAGCUUUCAAGCAGCUCUCCCAGGAGUAUGAAAACAAGUUUAGAAAGCAGUUUUGAUGCGGACAUUUAAAAUAAUCCUCGCAAUAGUUGAUUAAAUGUCUCUUAAAAAAUAGCCAAGUCGACGAAAGAAAUGAUUUUUGAUGACAACCAUAGGAGAUUAAUGCGAAAAACACUUGUCUUAUAAAGGGAGAGUAAGCAAUAUAUUUGCAACGGUAAUCGUAUUCUGAUAAAAUUCGUGAUUAUCUUUGAGAGUCAACCUCAAACCGACGAAGGUAAAAUUUCUUGCGAUAAAAAAACUAUUUUGGUCUGACAUUUGUUCCGACAAAGUCAACCGUGUUUGUAGCACAAUAAAACAACGUGAGUCGUCUAUGUUUUCAUUGUUUUGACUGCCUUCUGCCAUUUCUGCGGCACUGUCCAAAAAUUACAAACUUUGUAUGCCCGCUCCAC